GCAGUUUGUUAGUGUCAGUUAAGUCGUUCAUUCAGUAGAUCAGAAGAGUUAAUAAAAUAAAAUAUGAAGAAAUUAUUAUUCAUAACAAUUUUCAUAAUUUCAUUCAUAAAGUUCUCAGUCUCAAUCGACUGUAAUGUGAACGAGGAAUCAAAUAUGGAAAGAAAAAUUAAACACAAGCUUUUCUGCAAUGGCUACGAUAGCACUAUAAGACCUGUUCAAGACCAUAAAACAACUACAUCUGUCAAAGUUAAAAUGAUGAUAAAAAGUUAUGAUUAUAGCGAUCAUCAUUCAACUUUAACAAUCAACACAUGGAUGGUUAAUAGAUGGAAGGACGAAUUUCUAAAAUGGGAUCCGAGGGACUAUGGAAAAAUUAAAUCAUUCGACAUAAGCUCAAGCAUGAUCUGGAAACCAGAUUUUUCCCUUUAUAAUGCCGACAUUUCCUAUGGAAUUGGAUCAUGCCAUGAAACAAGUUGUCUAAUAGAGAAUGAUGGUAAUGUAUCGUGUAUUGAGCCAUGUUCAUUUGUCGGACACUGCAGAUCAGAUUACACUCAAUGGCCUUUCGAUAGACAAAACUGUUCCAUGAUCUUUGGACCUUGGAUGAAUAGUCAAAAUGAAGUUGACUUUAUUGAAGAUGACGCAGUGAUUUCAAAAGUGGGAGCACAAGAGCACACACAAUGGAAAUUGAUAUCAGCAAAAGUAGUAAAGAGAGUUGUUGCAUUGAGUUCGAAAGAUAAGAAAUAUUCGGCCAAAUUUCCAAAUCUUUCGUACUCGUUCGUUAUUGAAAGGCAUUCGGGAAUGAUUUUUAAAAUUUUAAAAGUCUCUGCAAUAACAUUCAUUUUAUUGAAUAUGACUACAUUGUUCAUAAAGAAUCGACUGAAUGAAAGGCUGUCAUUGCUGAUAAUUAACAUGCUUCUGCAUUUCCAAAUGAUACAUCGAAUGUCGUGGAUGACUCCACAUAAUGGCGAACAAACACCGAAAGUUUUGAUAUUUUUCAGAAAUUCUUUAGUCAUAACAACGGUCUUAGUGAUUGAAACAUUAAUUGUUUAUUCACUGCACGCAUGUGAGGUCCAACCAGCAGACAAAAUGAAGAAUAUGAUUAAUCAUUUAAAAAGAAAUCAAUUGAUAAGUCUCAUCAUGCAAAAUAAAUCAAAUGAACAUGGUGAUGGAAUGGCACUCGUCGAGGAAGAAGAAGAAGUAGUGAAAGCCACUUCGAAUAAUGAGAUAUGGAACUUUUUGGCGAGCUUCAUUGACAAAUUGAUCGCAAUAAUAAUUUUCAUUAUUUAUGUUGUCAUGAGCUUCACUCAUGUACCACUUGGGUACAUUUUAGCGAGCAGUAUUAUAAAGCAAGUUGAUUAAUUGAAGUUUAAAUACAUCAUAUUAUGAUACUCACUUGUACGAGCCAAAGCUUUCUAUACAAGUUCCACUGUUCUUGCAUGGAUUAUUAAGGCAUUCUUUAACAUCUUCUGUACAAUUUGGCCCUUUAAAGCCUGGAGGACAUGUGCAUUUAUAUUUAUUAUUAAGCGUCAUCGAACAUCUUCCUCCAUUCUUGCAAGGUGAUGAUGCACAUAGAUUAGAUUUUUCACAAUUUCGACCUAUAUUAAAUUUAUCAAUAAUUAUUGUAAGAACUCAAACAAAUUAUAUUAAGCAAUAAACAAACCUGAGAAUCCCUCUUGACAUCUACAAUCGUAUUCGUCUAUCGAUCUCAAAACGCAAUCACCACCAUUUUUACAUGGCGAUGAACUGCAUGCAGUAUCUUCGCUAAUUUCACAUAAGCUUGCUGAAAAUCCCAUUGGACAUUUACACUCGAACGUUGCUUGCUCGUCUUUCACUUGAAAUACACAAGUUCCACCGUUCUGACAUCGUGGAGCAGUCAAACAAGGAUUUGUAUAUUGACAAAAAUCACCAACAUAUCGA